AUGUCGUUGGAUGGUAUGGGUUACAAAGACAAGGGCCUCCAAAUUUUGGGUAAUUCGAAAAUACAAAGGGCCCCACACUUGUUUGGCAGCUCCAUGUCUCAAGAUCAUGCUCAGCUUGAUAGCAACGUCAUCUGCCAGCAUAUAUUUCCCAUGGUUCAUGCAGAUGCUACUAUUUGCAUUAAGGUGUUGCAAGGAUCAUUCGAGGCAGCCUACGGGUACAAGGUUUCUUACAAGAAGGUUUGGCACGCAAAGCAGAAGGCAAUUGCCAAAAUAUAUGGUGAUUGGGAGGAGUCAUAUGACCAGCUUCAGAGAUAUUUCAAUGCACUGCAAGCUUUUGUUCCAGCCUUCAAGCACUGUAAGCCACUGAUCUCCGUAGACGGAACACACUUGUAUGGUAAGUACACAGGGACCCUGUUGAUGGGCAUAGCGCAGAAUGGGAAUAACAACAUCCUGCCCGUUGCUUUUGCGAUUGUCGAAAGGGAGAACAAAGAAUCCUGGUUCUUUUUCCUUUCGAACCUCAGGAGAUAUGUAGCGACUCAACCAGGGAUAUUUCUUAUCUCUGAUCGGCAUGCAGCAAUAAAGGAUGAUUUAGAGCGGGCUGGGUGUGGAUGGGAACACAAUGUGUACUGUGUGAGACAUAUUGCCUCUAACUUUGCAACCAGUUUCAAGAGCAAGGAAGCGAAAAGGCACCUAGUCAACGCGGCGUAUUCCAAGACACAAGACCAGGCACAAUACUACCUUGAGUUAAUUAGCAACGAGGAUCCAGUCUCUUCUCUGUAA